UAGCUAGGAAAACGGUUUGCAAGAGGCGGAGUCUAGGACCCGGAGGCCCGGGCGGUACAAUAGAGCUGUUGUGCCGUGGUGGAAAAGAGAUUGCAGCUCUGGGAAAUUGACAGUGUGGAAUUGGAAAAGAACAACUAAAAAAUAUUCCUAUUUAUCUCAUACACAGCGACCCAGCUCGUCCAUAACUUUCCGAAAGACAGUGCUGCUCGUAAUCAACUCCAACAGCUCAUUUUGGAUCUACGGGAUGAGAGGAGGACAGAGCCAGCCCAUCAGAGGAACACACUAGCAUGCGCAUAGACCACAAAUUUAUGGAUACAAAAGGAUGAAACGCCUCAGGUGUUCAAGCAGCAGUGACAGCUCUGACAAUGAGAGUCCUUCGACCUCCUUUUCCUCCAACAAGUAUGGAAGCAAACCUGGAACCCCCGCUUCCAACCCUAAGAAACCGGCAGAGGUGUUCCGAAAAGACCUGAUCAGUGCCAUGAAGCUGCCGGACUCGCACCAUGUCACGCCGGAGGACUACUACUUGCUGGCCGACACAUGGAGGCAGGAAUGGGAGAAGGGGGUGCAGGUGCCCGCCAGCCCCGACACCAUCCCCCAGCCCUCCCUCAGGGCUAUUGCAGAGAGGUCAAAGGAGCUGCUCUACUCCCGACCCAGGAAGUACAUCCAGUGCUGGAGCCAGGACACCGCGGAGACGGGCUACGUGAACAUCAAGGAGCUGGCCGAAGCCAUGUGCCGCUACGACUUGGACGACAUGGACCUGUACUGGCUCCGGGAGCUGAACGCCGAGCUGGCUCUGAUGGGGGAGAUGCCCGUGGAUGAGCUGACAAUGGAGCGCACCAUGGAGGCCCUUGAGAGGCAAUGCCACGAGAACAUGAACUACGCCAUCGAGACGGAGGAGGGCCUGGGCAUCGAGUACGACGAGGACGUGAUCUGCGACGUGUGUCGCUCCCCCGACAGCGAGGAGGGGAAUGACAUGGUGUUCUGUGACAAGUGCAACAUCUGCGUACACCAGGCCUGCUACGGGAUUGUGAAAGUCCCUGAUGGGAACUGGCUGUGUAGGACCUGCGUACUCGGCAUCAACCCCCAGUGCCUACUGUGCCCCAAGAAGGGCGGUGCCAUGAAGGCCACGCGAGCAGGAACCAAGUGGGCACAUGUUAGCUGCGCGCUCUGGAUCCCAGAGGUGAGCAUCGCUUGUCCGGAAAGGAUGGAGCCCAUCACCAAAGUCUCUCACAUUCCUCCCAGUCGCUGGUCCCUUAUAUGCAGCCUGUGUAAGCUGAAAACCGGAGCCUGCAUACAGUGCUCAGUGAAGAACUGCACCAUUCCUUUCCACGUGACCUGCGCCUUCGAGCACAGCCUGGAGAUGAAGACCAUCCUGGACGAGGGCGACGAGGUCAAGUUCAAGUCCUACUGCCUGAAGCACAGCAAGCCCAAAGACGGCGAGCCGGGCCUGAGCCCCAGUCCGAACCCUAGCCCGUGUCCGGCCCGGCCUAAGCCGCCCACCGAGACGGAGAAGGUGGGUCUGCGAGCCCAGAAGCUCCUGGAGCUGGAGGAGGAGUUCUACUCGAUGGUGCAGCCCGUUGAGCUGGCCCAGGAGCUGGGCCUAGCGCCGGCGCUGCUGGACUUCAUCUUCCAGUACUGGAAGCUGAAGCGGAAGAGCAGUUUCAACAAGCCGCUACUGCCCCCUAAGGAGGAGGAGGAGAACCAGCUCCUGCAGCCGCAGGAGGACAGCAUCCACACGCGCAUGCGCAUGUUCAUGCACCUGAGGCAGGACUUGGAGAGGGUGAGGAACCUGUGCUACAUGGUGAGUCGGCGGGAGAAGCUAAAGUUGUCCCAGAGCAAGUCCCAGGAGCAGAUUUUCAACCUGCACGUCAAGCUCAUCAACCAGGAGCUGUCUGCAGGCCUUCCAGUAUCCAUUCCAGUGGAGAGCUUGCUGUUCCGGCCUCCACCCCGAAUCACACUGAAGCUCAAGAUGCCCAAGCUGUCGCUAGGCAACGGCAAAGGCUGUUCCAAAUCAGGGAACGGACCCCUGUGCCCAGACAACAGCGUCAAUGUCUACAACCGGGGCGGCAGCGGGAUUGGCCAGGGGAAGCCCCAGCUCCACCACAGCCGGGUACGGAAAGAGGACCGCGCCAACGGCCUGAUGGCCACCGCGGCACACUCUCAUCGGGACGGUGGCUCCAGCAGCGGCCCGACGCUACCCGUCAAGCCUACGGGCAAACCGCUGGCACUGCACGCAGCCCUGCACGGCCACUUGUCCAGCGGAAAGGGGAAGGGGAAGGGGGACCAGGAGAGGAGCCGAGCGUCAGCGGCAUCAGCGCCAAAGUCCAACGGCUUCAUGGAGAAGCCCAGUACGGUGGCCCAGAGGGACACGUCCUGUCAAACGCCCAGUGAGCAGGACGCUCAGGACGAGGGGGGUGCAGGGAAGGGGGGUAAAGGGGGUGCGCAGGGGGCCUUCCAUAAAUCCACUAUGGAGCACUUCAGCAGGUCCUUCAAGGAGGCCACCGUCAGCCUGGUGCGGACCACCGAGGACCUAAGGGGCUCGGACAAGGCCUCCCGCAAGGGCUCGUCGUCGUCCGCGGGGAAAGAGAGGCUCUGGGCCAAGCCAGCAGGGGAGAGGCGGGCGGAGAGCGACGGCUACUGCCCAGACCUGGAACUGAGCGACUCUGAGUCAGAGGCCAAGGGCAAGCAGCGGCAGCGCUCGGGCAGGCCGCAGGCGGGCAGCAGUCCCGCACGGGGGGACUCGGGUAAGGGCGGCGACGGCCGCCGGGGGAAAGUGUCUCUAGGGUCCAGAACCUCAAAAGUACAAAGGUGACGACUCGAUCUCAUCGCGCUACGCCUCACGAGCACUACUCAACUUGAGCUUCUCCCCGACUUUCACUGCCCCUUUCAAAAAAAAAAAAAACAUUCUGGGAUUUCCAUGCCAAUGCAGGUGUCCACAAGUGCCAGGUUUGUUCCCUCUGAUUGUGAGUUCCUGGAUAGAGCCAAGCCCUUUUGCCAUGAAGGAUCAGUGUUUGCUCUGGAAAGCUAACCUGCUUCAGUUAGCAAUGCUAGCCGUGAAGUGUAAACAUGGGCACCGGUGAACAGUUAGUUCUAAGUGGCAUUCUGACACAUGGUCCUUGGCUGGGACUGACAACAACCAAUUUUGUCUGGCUGUGCAUUGCCUUUGUGUUUUGCAAACAGGGUUUUUAUUUUCUUGUCAUGAAUAGUUCCACCAGUAUCAACCAAGUACGUAACAUUAGAUGGGCCUCAAGUUUCUGUUGUAUAUGUUGAUGAAAAAAACUUUGUUUUUUUAUGCUGUAAAUAGUCACUUAUGUCAGACGAAGCAUGUUUUACCAUGUUUCAUGAAUAAACAGUGACAUGGUCUCUCUGACAUUAUGCAAAAAAAAAAUAAAGCCAGUUUUGUGUUUGUUUGGAAGAGGGAACAAGGUGACACAACUUCUGGGUCACUAAAUAUUGUCAAAGGUUGGCAAUCACAUCCCUUCCGUCUUUCUCUCUCAACUGUCUACUGAAACUGCAUUAGCAUGCUUGCUGUCCUGUUGCUUCCUUUUUCUCAAAAAGGAAACCUUAAUCUUUGGAAAGUCUGAAACAUUUAAAUAGUGGUUCUUCCAUGUGUGUGUUAACGGAAUUGGAAGAGAUCCUAUGUAUGCCGUAUCUCGUUGAGAUGAUUAGCUUCACAUUCGUCUGAGCUGUUUUUUUUAAAUGUGUUUGGAUGAUUAUGGAAUCCACAGUUAGUGCUGUUGGUAUCAGUUGCAAUGCAAUUGUGUAAGCAAUAGAGACAGUAUCAGGUUAAAAUGGUUUAAGAGUUUCAGGGUGCUCAUUUUUUUUACCUCUGUGAAGUACAUUGGAGUAUAUAUGAGCCACAAGGGGGCAGUGUGGAGUUGACUGACUUUGACUCUCACAGACCACAGGUCAGUGAGCCGCCAGGUGGGGGCGCCAGAUAUCGACUAAAAGCCUUAGAAACAGUAUAUUUUUUCUUCUCAAGAUCAUGCCAAAAACACCUGUAUUGAGUGUAUUUGUCAUAAUGCCAGCAAUUGAGAUUUUUGGAGAUGCCCCUUUUAGAGGCUAUAUUGCCUAAAAUGCUGCUGUUUAACACCAUUGUUUACAUCAGAUGUGACCCAUCUUCACUCCUUACUCAUACUGUACUGUAACACUUCCUCCACAUUUCUCCUCACUGCUCAUAGUACUUAAGGUUCAUCAUGAUUUAAGGGCUGUUGAGGGCCUGAAGUGGGAUCUAGUGAAACUGGGCCUGUAAGCCGGGGCAUCGCUCUUUUUAAAAGAUGGUCCUGCCCCAGGCUACGCUGUCUCUCGCUGUGAAUUUAACCCCAGUGGUUCCCUAAUGGCCUGUCACGGCACUUGCAGAGUUGCAGUAUCUGUCUGCCAGCUUGGCUGGUCGACCAGUGAGAGAGAUCCACCCCCACGCCCACCCAUUUUAGUGGAAGAGACUCGGCACAAUAUAGUUCUCCUUUUGACCAUGUACUGUAGUUUCUCGUGACCCCCUCACAACAUAUAAAGCUAGCAUCCUCCUUUUCACACCUUUAAGUUUCAGUUCAAGGUCAUUGGUUAAACCCAGGGACUGAAAAAGCAAAUGCGUUUGUGGUGAGACAUCCACUCAAAGAAAACAAAUAAAAAUGUAGUUUCAGAAUCAGCUCCCUGUUCUGGUAGCUCAGAGAAAUGACCGCAUGGAGGACCAAGGCUGGUUUUAUUGCACCUGUUUGUGCAGCACAUUCCUCUAUGUUGAGUGAAGGAGACAUGGCCAAGUAUGUGUAUGUGUGACUGUUUGCAUCCUAUUUGCUUUUUUAAUGUGUGUGCGCUAUGUGAACUUCCAGAGUGAGCUUCCGUGUCGCUGGGAUCAGGCAGUGUAGUGCUGUCUGGCAGCAGAUUAAAAAAAAAACACUGUAUGGAUGUGUGCAUGGAUGUAAGCUUGAAAAAAUACAAAAGAAAAACAAAAAUGCAAAACAAAAAUAAAACAGUGCUUUCCUGUAGAGCUGAGAACUUCAUAGGACUUGAUAUUUUACACUAAAAUGAUGAAAUGCAAAAGGUGGAUAUCCACACUUUUUUUUUUCAUUUUCUUUUCUUCUCAAAGAACCAUUUUUUCAAUAAACUUGAAAAUAAAUUCUC